AUGCUGCACUGUCACGGUUCGACUCCCGCUGGGGGUGAUGACAAGACCCAAACGAGGCGAGCUCGAGACUGCAGUCCACUCCUGUCGGAAUACAAUAUUUCGCUCAGCAAUGGGCUGCUGGUCAUCGAGGCACAGAACGUUUGGGGCAUCCUCUACGGCCUGGAGACGGUCGCCCAACUCGUCUAUGUCACGCCAUCAGGAAUGAAGUACAUCUCAGGAAUUCUGAUAGAAGAUGCGCCAAGAUAUCCUCAUCGCGGCUUUCUGAUUGACACUUCACGCCACUUCCUUUCCAAAGCGGUCAUAAAAGUUUUCUUGGACGCCAUGGCAAUGGUGAAGAUGAACGUGCUUCAUUGGCAUAUCGUCGACGACCAGUCCUUCCCCUAUUAUUCGGAAGCCUUUCCGGAACUCUCACAAAAGGGAUCCUACGACCCAAUAUCAAAAGUAUACACACAAACGGACCUCCGUGAGAUCAUCGAAUACGCCCGGCAACGAGGCAUUCGAGUGAUGGCCGAAUUCGAUACUCCAGGUAGGCCAGUCGAGAGCUAA